UAGACCGAUGAUAAGUAGAGAUGUUAUUAAAAAAGGAUAUUGAAACCCGGAUAUCAAACAUGAACAGAAUAAUUUCAAAAUCAUUUGAAACCCAGAAGCAUAAGAAGCGCUCAAAAAACAUCUUCGGCGACCCCUUUUUACCCCAAAACCAAACCAACAAGUAGCGACUCUGAGUAAUAUAUAAUUGAAUUUCCUUUAUAUUGUUUUGGGGGUUUUAAAAUCGAACUUUGGGGUUGAUUUGAAUCGAAAACUGUAAUGUCCGCAUCUACCGUCUCGAUCACCGCCAACCCAGCGGCGGUGACGCCUCGCCGGCGUUCCGUCGUCGCCGAUAAGAGAUCGAACAUUGAAGCUUUGGUUGCUGAUCCAAAUGCUACUGGGGUUAACCUUGUGGAAGACAAAGCCGCCGCUGCUGCCGUUGGUACUGCCGGUUACAGAAGAGAUCUGAGCCACGAUUCGGGUCGUGCGGAGCCGUCAAAGGACUCGUUGCAAGGGAAAAGGGUUGUCGUGGGUCAAAAUUCGAACGGCCCGCUGCGACGAUCGCGGAAAGGAGCGGUUAACAAGGCCGAGAAACCUCGGUGGUCGACUGCGGUUAGCAUUUUUGCUAAGAAUUUAGCACUUUUGCUUGUUUUGGUUGGAUUAGCUCAGAUUAUUAGGAGAUUGGCUUUGAAAUCUGGGGAUGUUAGUAGCGUUGGGACACAUACGGGAUUAACUGAAUUUGAGGGUAGGGUUGCUGAGGUUGAGAGUUUUUUGAAGACCACGGCUAAGAUGAUUCAGGUUCAGGUAGAGGUUGUUGAUAGGAAAAUUGAAAACGAAAUUGGUGGGUUAAGGAAGGAAUUGAAUGAGAGAAUUGUGGAUCAAACUGUGGUAUUGGAGAAUUCAUUGAAAAAAUUGGAAGAAAAGAAUGAGGAAUUAGAUAAGUCCUUGAGUGAAUUGAAGAGUGCGAAUUUGUUGACAAAGGAAGAGUUUGGAAGGAUGUACGAACAAAUGUUAAAAGAGAAGGGUCAAAAUGGUGAGUCUGAGAAUGCAGUGAGUUUAAGCGAUCUAGGAGCCUAUGCGAGAGAGAUUGUGAAGAAUGAGAUUGAGAAGCAUGCCUCGGAUGGGCUCGGCAGGGUUGAUUAUGCUCUCUCUUCAGGUGGGGGAAAGGUUGUUCGGCAUUCAGAGCCCUUUCUUGCUGGAAAGGGAAUCAAUUGGUUUCUGAAAACUAGCCGAAAUGGAGUUCAUCAGGAUGCAGACAAGAUGUUGAAGCCAAGUUUUGGAGAGCCAGGGCAGUGCUUUCCAUUGAAAGGAAGCAAUGGGUUUGUUCAGAUUAAGCUGCGCACCGCUAUUAUCCCUGAGGCUAUUACUUUGGAACAUGUUGCCAAGGCGAUUUUCAACUUAAGAUAUUAGGUAUCUGUUGCUUGAAGAACAGAAAGGACCCUUUGGUAGAUGGCUGAAAAAUGCGAAAAGGGGUUUCGUUUUGGCCUUCCAUUUUAACUUACAACAUCUUGAAGUGCCAUUAUUUGUUGUUAAUCUGUCUUGUUUUGCCUAUCUUGACUAAACCAACCAGUGAUGGAUUGCCAAAGUUGAAAUUUACCAUUGUCACUUGAUUAAUGAAUAAAAGAAUCAUUCUUGGUUGAGCUUCCCACCUUUCAUUUAUGAUGUCAGAAUUAGGAUAGCUCACCGCUGUUUGUAUGAAUAUACAUGCCUUUGUUUCUUGCAGCCUUGCCCUUUUCAUAAUUUUAAGAUAAUAGCAAAAGAAUUUAAUAUUAUGGAAAAUGUUGAAACACCAGGCAGAACAAGCUAAUAUAACAAUGGCAAUUUACUGAAAAAUAACCAAGUAUAUAGCUAGAAAUAAUGUGGAAAAAUAAGAGCACAAGGAUUUAUGUGUUUUGGCUUUAAGCGUAAUUUGGUAGGGGCAAUGAGAAAUUUUUACUAUGAUUGUAGCAAGAUGAAAAAAAAAAAAAAAUAGUUUUGUGCCCAAAACUCU